AUGGAAUUUACAGAGAGGUGGCAUCUAGAGACAUCAUCAUUUCAUCUUCCUCACGGUGAUAUUACCAUCACUCUUGAUGACAUUGCAUGCCUCCUGCAUAUACCUAUCAGGGGUACCCUCCUUAGUCACGGUAAGCUUAUGAAGGAGGAACCGAGGGAGAUGCUGAUUAUGGAGCUGGGGGUUAAUCCUGAGGAUGCGCUUGAGGAGGUUGAGGGGACAUGCGAGGCGCACGUCAGGUUUCACUUCUUGAGGCGACGGUACGAUGCCGAGCUCCUUACAGCACAGGCUGCUGCUGGUGACGAUGAUGAGGUGGAUAUACACAGGCAGCAAGCAUUGAGAUGUUACUUUCUAUUUAUGUUAGACACCCAACUGUUUAUGAACACGAGUUCCACGUACACGGAUGUCGUUUACCUGAGAUACUUAUCAGACAUUGCACGUGUCCGGGAGUAUAACUUGGGAGCGGCUACAUUGGUGUACUCCUACCACAGACUCGAAGAGGGAUACUUGUGGAAGGCAAGUUGGAUACUACAACACUUCCCAGAAAUUACUGGCUGGGUAGAGGUGUCAAGUUACACUGAGACCAUUCCGCGUGCUAAAGCCUUCGCCCCCUCAAAGGGAAUCAGGUGUUGGAUCCUUACACGCACCGUUUUGACCGCAUGGUCGUUGAGGACGUCUGAUAUUAUUGUUAUGAUGAUCACCGUGAUACGGUUCCGUGAGAUGACAUCACCCUAUAUUCUGGAUGAGCGCAUCAUGCGUCAGUUUGGCUACCAGCAGACGACACCUCGUCACCCUUCUAACUCCACUCCUAAUGCCAUGAUUUGUCGCCAGCUAGAUGAUGUCUUUGCAGACUGA